UGAAGAAAAAGGCGUCGGUUAAGGAGAGAUUGGGUCGAGUGUUUGGAAGGGACUCUACGAGACCCGUAACCACUUCUCAGAUGAUAACUUCACCAAUGAAACGAGAAGUUAAGUGGAAGAAAUCGCUAUCACUGGAUAGAUUAGAUACUGAUGAGAUUGUUCAUUAUCCUAAGCAGGCGAGAAAGAGUGAUCCAGAACCUUUUCCGGGUGGUUUACGCGUUCGGCCUGGUACUAGCCCAAGUUCGGAGAUAGAUGCUAGCCCGUGUCCGAACACCGAUGCUGGCCCGAGUGUGGAGACUGUUAUUAGCCCGAGCCCAAAGAUUCUUAAUAAAAGCGUCGUUGCUGAAUUCGCGUGCGCUUCAUCCGAUGACCAGGCGGGCUCAAGCGAUUCAGUGAAACAGGAGGGUAGUUCCUCCAGAAAGAAAGUUCGAAGAAAACGAAAAUCAAUAUAUGAGAUACCCCCACCCCCUGUCCCGCCCCCGGUCGAAGCGGAGGGGGAGAAUAGAUCUGACCUUUCCCCCAAAGAGCGUACAAGAUGUUUCUCCAAUCCUGACCUUGUCGCACGGACGCCAGAUGGAGGUGAAGGUUCACAAACUAGACCUAAAAGAACUUCUCUUACUGAUAGCUCUAAAUUGGCUCUACAAGACACGCAGAAUUUCAAUACCAGUUGGUCGGAGGGGAAUGUCGCCGAAUAUAGCUCUUUGCAACAAGCAAGCGUUUGCUCACCAAGAGAGAAGGAAAGGUCAUUCCUUUUCGAAGCCAAAAACGCAGUGUAUACCACGAGUAAGCCUGAGACUAGCUCAACAGAGGCCAUUAUUUCAGCUCAAAGAAGUUCCACAGCAGUGCAUUCACAGACCUCUGGGGAUAGAACGGAUCAACGUCAUAUUGAUCGUAAAGGGUCGCAAGAAAUCCAUAGAUAUCAACAUGUUUCACCUGUCUCCCCAAAAGCAAACAACCACCCUAAUGACAAAUCAAGUGACAAUGAUAUCACCGAGAGUAUAACUAGAACAUUCAGUGACCCAUUCCCGUCUCCUGUGCGCAACUCCAAUGUACCAAAGGGCAACUCGUAUAAAAUCGUUCCUCCCCCUCCUGAAAAUCUAAAAUACUCUCCUCGAAGAAUACCUCAUUCCCAGUCCGUGUCGCAGAUAUCGUCGCGAACUGUACACAAGGAUAUCCACGGACCUACACGGACUUUAAGCGAUCCAGCAAUGGCAUUGCGGCUUGCCCCUGAGGUACCGAAGAAACCUCAAAAUCCUUCCAAAUCAACAGCAGUACCUAAGCCUGUGAAGCCAGGUGUACCUCCGAAACCCUCUGUGCCCCCAAAGCCACCAGUGGUAUCACCCAAACCCUCCAUUUCUUCCUCACGCAUAAGAUCAACAGUGUCCAGCAGUUCAAGUGAAGCCUGUGUUGAACCACUAAAAAACCAACUAAUAAAGUCAAAGACAAAAGAGAGCGCACUCACGUCAGCUGUGUCGGGAACAAGCAGGGAUACUUCUGGUAAAACAGGGAUGAUCACUGAUAAGCAUGUUCACCCUGUGGAUAAUGAUGACGUUUUUGUUAGACCUCAACCUGAGACCAAAUUUGCUGAGCCGUGCCCAGGCCCUGUGAGAAAGCGUCGUUCAUCUUUACCUGAAGAUGGGAUAACGUCAUCAAGUGAAAACAGGGGUGGUCAGAGUAAGCCACGCCCUAAGACAAUGAUGUUACCACAGGAAAGUUCCGAUGAAGGAUUGUUUACAGUUCAGUUGUUAAAGCAACAGCGCUCACUCGGUUUGGUCAUCACCGGAGGCAUCGACACCCCCCUGGGUAUGCUUUACAUCAAGGAAAUCCAAGCUGGAAUGCCUGCAGAUCUAUGUCAGCGGUUACGUGUGGGAGAUCAGAUCGUUGAAAUCAAUGGCGUGAACCUGCUGGGGGCGACCCAUGGGGAGGCUAUGAGGAUCAUGCGCACCACCCCACCCCUCGUACAACUAGUCGUGGCAAGAAGGAAUGACAGGAAUGUAGACAGCCUUUAUAUUGACGAGAGCAAACUAAAGAAAACGUCUCCAACACGUUCUAAUGAGACCAUCAUUCGAUCCGCAAUCGAGAACAGCAAAAUUCCCCGCGAUUCAUCCAACAUGGUUGUCAAGACUCCGCCAACGUCUCCGCGUGAUAAACAACGGAAAAUACCCCCGGUUGGCAGUCCCGGCCGGGAGAAAAGACCGGAUCCUGGUGGCUCGGAUAUCCCGGUGUCUUUUAUCGGAGGGGAGGAAGAACCCUUCGACGAGGCACGUGUUGAAAAGAAGGGGAUUGAUGAGGAGACCAGGUGUAACGUGACGUUAACGAAGGAUCCUUAUGCUGGAAUAGGGAUAAGCGUAGCUGGUGGCAAGGAUACUUCGAAUGAUGUUAUUACGAUUCGCCAAAUCGCCCCAGGAAGUGUGACCGCGCGCGAUGGCCGCGUGAAGGUUGGAGACAAGUUGCUUGCAGUGAACGGUCAGUCAUUGAAAGGCAUGACCAACCCCCAGGUCCUGUCCUUUUUGAAACAAACCCCGAAUACCGUGACCCUCACAUUAUCCCGUCCGAAGAAGCCUUCGGGAAACGGUCGGACUCCGCCGCCAGUCGCAAAGAAACCGCCCAAACAGACCUUUCUGUUGCCUCCAAAAGUGGAGCCACCCCCCGUCAAGGAAAAACCACAGGGGGACGAAGCCUGGCCAGUAAAGGAGGAGAAACAGAAAAAGGGACUGUGGGGGAGUAUCAGCGGUAGUCUUCACGGAGGUUUAGCAAAGAAACAUGUUGACAUCGAUAUUGGAGAGAUUGACUUAGGAGACAGCAGCGACCUACCGAAAUACCAAAAGCAUCCAUCGAGAAAGGGCAUCAAAGAACUCUUCUCUCCUCACGACAACGAGCCGGAGUUGUUGGAAAUCGACGUGGAACACGAUUCCUCUGGGGUCGGGUUCAGUAUCCGCGGUGGCCAGGACUCCAUAUAUGGCGAUUCCUCGAUAUUCGUCGAUACGGUGUAUCGGAGACCGACUCACGACCGCGCGCCAUCUCUGAAGAGUGGGGACGAGAUUGUUAUGGUGAACGGACACGAUAUGUCCCGGAUGUCGAACGCAGAUGCGGUGGAAUUGUUGAACUCUUUACCUAGGGGAAGGGUGAGGGUUAGAGCUCGCAGAAGAUAGCCGGAGAUUUGUCAAGUUCUUGAGCUUAUCAAUGCUUCCUCCUUUGUCCAACUUCAGCAAUCAUAGCUGGAAAAAUCAUAAUAAAUAUAGAUCUAUUUUAUUCGACACAAAGUUCGAAAGUAUCUCGAGAUUUACCACAUGUACACAAGAUAUGAAUUUCCGUCCAAAAUCUUUACAUCGAAAUGGCCGAAUAUAAAUAAACAUUAUUUUUCAAUUUGAAUUUUUAUCAAGAAUAUAUCUGCUGUAAUAUAUUAUUAAUGAACUGUAAAUAAGCUGAUUUGAAUUUUUGAAAUGAAUGAAUUCAAUUUUUUAACUGGACUGGAUUUUCAACUGGUAAACAAAGAUUAUAGGAUUAUAUUGUGUAA